CGUUAAACAUCAUGAUGGGCUCCUCAGAGUGGCACCUGUCCCUGAAGCUGGUGGAUCAGCCCAAGUCCACCUUCCACUUCCCGGACAUGAUGCCUGGAGACGUUCCUCCUGGAGGAUACAGAGUCUCCACCCUGAAGCAGCUGGUGGCUGCUCACCUCUCAGACUCCAUCCCCGACCCCGAGCUCAUAGAGCUGGUUCACUGCGGACGGAAACUCAAGGAUGACCUGACUCUAGACAACUGUGGCAUUCAACCAGGAUCAACUCUCCACAUUCUCAAAAAGACAUGGCCAGAACCAGAGAGCAUUGCAGAGCCUGUAAACAAACCGAAUGCAGCCAGGGAGUUCCGACUGUUUCACGCUGCUCUUCAUUCUCUCAACUCCACGUACAGAGACUCUGUAUAUAAAAUGCUGACAAACAAGGAGUCUCUGGAUCAGAUCAUUGUGGCCACGCCAGGGCUCAGGUCGGACCCAGUUGCUCUGGGAGUGCUUCAGGAUAAGGAUCUUUUUGUGCAGUUCACCGACCCCAACAUGCUAGACGUAUUAAUCAGUUCACACCCGGCGCUCGUCAAUGCCAUCAUCCUGGUGCUUCACUCUGUAGCGGGCAGCAUGCCCGCUCAGUCCAGUGCCAGCUCCUCUCGCAGCGUCUCUGCCAGCUCCUACAGUGAAAUGCCAGGAGGCUUCAUGUUUGAAGGCAUGUCAGACGAUGAGGACGACUUCCAGUCUGGGAGUCCAGCAGGUCCCUCCAACAGAGGCCUCUCUGCAGGCGUUAGACCGGUGUCUCUGGGACACAGUGGAGCGACGGGUCCACGACCGAUAACUCAGAGUGAGCUGGCGACGGCUCUGGCCCUCGCCAGCACUCCUGACAGCAGCGCCGUCACUCCAACCACAGCGAGCCAGGCGGACCCCUCCAGCGGUGGAGCUCCUCUGCCGGUAGGGACGCCGGUCAGUAACGAUCUCUUCAGCCAGGCUCUGCAGCAAGCUCUGCAGGCCACCAACAUGUCUGCGUUACAGGGCCGAUGGCAGUCCCAGAUGCAGCAGCUCAGGGACAUGGGCAUCCAGGACGAGGAGCUGAUGCUCAGGGCUCUGCAGGCCACGGACGGCGACAUCCAGGCUGCCCUGGAGCUCAUAUUCGCUGGAGGUCAGGGGCUGUAAACUCAAACCGCUUCCUGCAGAUGAGAGAGCAGGACAAAGCUGGCCUCUGCUGCACAUGAACAAUAAGGACAUUCGGACUCAACACCAUCUAGACUUCUUAUUGUCACCUCAUUCACAUUGAAAUAUACAAACUGAACUGCUUCACCGGAGCUUCACAAGCCACAGCAGCUCAAAACUUUUGUAUGAAAGUGACAAUAAAUGUAAUGUGUACAUCAUUA